ACUACAAAUCCCGAGAGGCAGCGGGGCUCCAGCGCAUGCGCGGUGUGUGCGGUGUCGCCGCCGCACGUGUGCGGGCGGGCGGGCAGCGCGGCCCUGAGGUUAUUUUAUUUCGGUUCGAGUCUGCCGUCUGGCUCAACGUGCAGGACUUGAAACUAUUCUACUGUCGCCAAUGGUUUGAGAGAGAAGGGAGACGCUUCCCCUGAGAGAAAUACCCAUCAAAUUCCAGCCUGUCUGUGCAAGAGUAAAUCCAGGCUGCCCCAGACCCGUUGCUUUCUUGUAAAUGGGCAGACUUUGGUAUCCUGCAGACUGCUCCUAAGAAGAGGAAGAAAUCUGUAACUACUCACAAAUGUUUCUUGUCAGGAUGAAUUUCCUACAGCUACUGUCCAGGAAACCCGAGAGACUGGAAAUGGUUUUUCAACUACGGUAUCGCAAAAAGCAGUUCCCAUACAUGUGUCUGGCUACCUCUGCUUGUCUUUAUAGCAAGAAGAAAAAAGUGAACGGUUAUGAACAAGUUGAUCAAGAAAAAUACAAAAGCUUGGUCUAUUCUGUUACAUCUUACAAAGCCAGUGCCCAAACACCAGAGACAAUACUUGAAGAAGACGGUAUGUUGUAUGGACAACCCCUUAAACACACACCUCCAAAUGAAGCUGAAACAAGAACUCCCAAGAACUGGAUUCCUCUCAUAAACCCCAACAAGAGAACUCCACUUCCUGACAGCGAUUCCAAUCUUCCCAUGAAAAUUGCUUUACAGAAAACAAAAAUACCCAGCGUUACCCGUAUCCUUCAACAGACCAUCCCUCCGCAGCAAGCCUUGUACCUAGAAAGAUGGAAGCAGAAAAUGAUACUGGAGCUUGGGAAGGAUGGUUUUGCAGAGUAUACUAAAAAUCUUUUCCUCCAAGGAGAGCUCUUCCAUGCAGCUUUGGAAUCUAUGUUUCUGCCUGAAGAGGCAACUAAGGAGCAGGGAGAAGACACAGCUAUUUCUGGCUACUUAUCAAGCGUGCAGCAUGUCUUAAAAGAUAUCAGUGAAGUCAAAGUUCUGGAAAGUGCAGUUCAGCAUGAAACUCUUCGGUAUCUGGGCCUGGUAGACUGCGUGGCUAAGUAUCGAGGCCAGUUGUGUGUGAUUGACUGGAAGACAUCGGAGAAACUGAAGCCGUCUCUGAAGAAUACUUUUGACAACCCACUGCAGGUUGCAGCAUAUGUUGGAGCCAUAAAUCACGAUGCCAAUUACGACUUCCAGGUCAGUUGUGGACUCAUAGUGGUUGCCUAUAAGAACGGUUGCCCCGCACAUCCGCAUUUCAUGGAUCCAGACCUCUGCUCGCAGUACUGGAAUAAGUGGCUUCUGCGCCUCGAGGAAUACAUGGACAGAAACUGACCCAAACUAAGCUAUACAAGUGGUCAAGGCAAGUGGUCUGAGCACAGAUUCAAGGCACAAAUCAUUUUUUUAAAAAUCUUUUUUUAAAAAAAAAAAUACUGUAAGAAAUAGACUUUUUUUUUAGUAACUUGAGCUAAUUUCUUAUCAUUUUUCCCCUUAGGAAAAAAGAAAAAAGGAAAGAAAAAUCAGAAUGGGGAAUGCAUAUUUGCCUAAGUUGUAGGAGAUUUCAGUCAACUGAAUUAUCCUUUUCUCAUUUUUGAGAAAAAGCUGUUGCAGAGCUGAGACUCUGAAAAUGGAAUGGGUAAACUAAAGCAAAACAACAUCUGUGUUGUCUGAGCUGAGAUUAAUGUAAGCAGCAAAUGGUUAUAGUAGACUGGGUUUCACUCAGCUUAGUUCUUGCCCAUUUCAAAGAUACCUAUUGACAGGUCUGUUACUAUUUGUAUUUUUUUUCUUACAGCAACAAUUGGAAAAACUGCCCUAUGAGUUACAACCAAACUCUCCUAAGUGCUUGUUUAAAAUACUAAGUAAAGUUGAUGGUGUAACAGAAGUGGCUUAGGAAUAGAGGGGCAGAAUUGUAACUGCGACACAUCUUAAAAUUUCCAGCAGCUGUUCUGAGAGGUGGGAAGUUUGACUGCUUCUGGUAAAUCCUCUUGUGGGUUUCUUAACGGGCUGUGUAGCCCGAGCGAAAUUAAAUAUGAAAGUAAAUGGGCUUUGUGCCCUAGGUUGUGACCUAACAGUGGGCUGUACAGGCCAGGUCUGCGACUGUCUAGGGCUCUUCUGACUUUGCUGUGGGUCUGCAGGGACAAGGAGCCUUCCCAGAGGGAACCAUCUCCAGUGUCAGGUUGUAGCGUUUGCCAGCGCAAGUACAUUUCCUUGUAAGUCACAGACUUGUGACUUUGAAGCUGGGCCUUUGGAGGGACAGAGCUGCUUUUUUUUGAAUUGUUCUUGUUUAUUUGUUUUCAAGUAAGUUUGUGAAUAAAUGUUCUAAAACAGAA